AUGACAGACGCACCCGUCACACACACAGUGCGAAGGGUACCGUGGGGGUGGGUGUCAGGAAGAUCGGGCGCCAAUGCCCAUAAUUACCUCGAAGCGCCCAGUCACUCGAGCAGCCCUUGGCAGCAGCACGGCGGCUGAUUGACGAUUACCAGGACCAUCAUGGGACCUCACGGGAUCAACCGAGCAGCCCACCGCAUCGUCCUGUCCGAUUGCGAGAACGGCCUCGGAGUGAAGGUGAUCGGCGGAGUGCGCGAAUCCGGAGAGGAAUUUGGUGUUUACGUGAAACGCGUGCUGCCCGGAGGGAUGGCGGCCCUAGACGGGCGGCUGAGGCCAGGUGACCAGAUCUUGGAGGUCAACGGCGAGAGUCUGCUGGGAGUAACUAAUGACAGGGCGGUCGACGUCCUGCGCCUGGCCUCCGCCAGCAGUCACAUGUCGAUGCUCAUCUCUCGCGACGACGAGGCUCGGAGGGAGUUCGCGGAGCUCCUGGAGAAGUACGCGAGUAACAGCGACGCCAGCUCGGCACACAGCUCCCCGACGACGCCCACGUUAGGAAAGUUCCUGGACAGCACCUCGUCGACUUCGUCGUCCCGAUCCCCGAGUCCCCUGCUCAGCCCCAAGGACAGCCUGAGCCACAACUCGGGAGCGUUCCCGGCCUCGCGCGACUCGCGAGCCACCACGCCCAGCAGCCCACAGAGUGAGAGCGGCGCCAUCCAGGUGGUCUCCUUGGUCAGGACCUCGGGCCUGGGCAUCACCCUCAUGGGCGGCACGAACCGCCCCGACGGGCCCAUGGUGUACGUGCAGGAGGUGCUGCCGGGCGGCGACUGCCACAAGGACGGGCGCGUGAGACCAGGGGAUCAGCUCGUGGCCAUCAACAAGGAGUCGCUCAUGGGCAUCACUCACGAAGACGCCAAGGGGCUGCUGACUCGCACCAAGCUUCGCACGGACGCCGGCGUGGAGAUCGCGUUCAUCCGAGGGAAGGGUCCCCCGUACUCUAGCGCCCUCCACAGCGUGGCGCUCUACUCCUCGCAGCCCGGCAUCCCCAGCACGCAGCCCAAGCAGGGAAAAUCUCGGCAGGGCUUGGCGCCCAUACCAGUCAUCAACUCGGCAGGGUCCACACACGCCGGGGGGCGGCUCUUGAGCAGGAAGCUGUCGCUGGACCCACACGUGCGGCUCAAGGUGGACAAGCUGGAGCUGGCGCUGCGCUAUCUGGGCGUGGAGGCGCGGGAAGAGCAGCAGGAGGCACUCCGCGAAGCUCUGCAAGUGGAUUCGCGCGGAACGGUCAAGUACGGAGACUUUGUGCGGGCAGCUCGCCAGGUGUUCCGGCUGCAGCUGGAGGAGAUGGGGCCGGAUCAGGGCGCGGUGUUGGUCGGCACGAGCGAGCUGGCCGCCCUGCUGGAGCCGCUCUCCCCGCUUGGCCGGGGCUUGGGCAGCGACGAUGGGGAAGCGGAGCGCCUCAGGAGGGAGAGGGAUGAAGCUCUCUUCGAGAACCACAACCUCAAGGCCCGGCUGAGUGAGGUCGAGCACUCGAGCAAGGAUCUGCACGAGGAGCUGCAGAAGGCAAAACAGGAGGCGCAGGCGGCGUUGGAGGAGAGCCGCGCGCUGCGGAACCGCGUGCACCUGGCGGAAGUGGCGACGCGGCAGGCGCACAGCAUGGAGCAGGACUACGAGGAGGUGGUGCGCCUCCUCGAGAUCGAGCUGUCCGACGUCAAGGGCCAGCUCAUCGACCUCGAGCGCAAGGAGGCCGCCAAGGACGAGGUGCUGGAGCUGAGGAAGAGAAUCGCCGUGCUCGACUGCCAGCUGCGCAAGUCCGAGAUGACGAGGAAAACCUUCGAGGUCUCCACCGACAAGCUGCUGCAGUUCGUGGAGACGGUGCAGGAGGUCCUGUCCAGUCUGGUCCCGGCGCAAGGACAGCUGGCGCUGACGAGAGGCGAGACGGUGGGGGCGCAUCACCUGUCCCCCGUGGUAUCGCGCGGAGUGCGGAACGGCACCGCCAGCUGCCUGGGCCUGGCGGCCGAGGCUCGGGAAAUCAGCAAGUCGAUUCGCGGGCUCAUCGAGGCCGACUGUUUGCCAUAUGGCUGGGAAGAGGCCUACACAGCGGAUGGCAUCAAGUAUUUUAUAAAUCACGUGACGCAGACGACCUCGUGGAUUCACCCGGUGACCAGCACGCUCAGCUUGCCCCUGUCAGACGAGGUGGCCAAUGGGGUGGCUGGAGAAUCCACCACGUAGCCAAUCGCGUGCGAGCUUGGACCAGCCAUGGCCAGCCGGUCACUGUGUUGAGGUCGUGGAGGAAUGUAAUGGAAGAAUGUUACUUUUGACACUUUUUUUGUAGUGUGCCUACGAGCAAAUGUAUUAUAUCCAUGUACAAAGAAGAACCCAGUGGACUUUGUAAAUCAGAAGAAAACCAGAGCACGCGAUGCCUCCCGGCGUGGUUUAAAUAUUAAACGCAUCGUGAAUACGAUAGUCCCAUCGCAGGGCCGUGAAGGGAGACCUUCAUCCAGCAGUGUAUAGACCGUGGCAAAGGAUGAUGCAUAUGAAGCAAAACAGUUUAGUGUUACCGGUACAUUGGUUGUAGAAGUCACGUCAUUCAUUAGCGCGUGGGUUUUAUUUUUUAUGAAGGUGUUAGCAGCCCUGUAACUAUUGCUGCCCAGCACGGUAUUUUUACUGGUAUUUAUUCACAGUUUUUAAACCAUUCUACUUAACUUUAGCACAGAGAACAGUAGCGGCGUGUCAAUUGUUUAAAUUCAAACUGUGAAGACAAAACUGGGAUUUGCUUGGGUUUUGCAACCCACGUGGAUUAAUUUCAUGAUAAAAAAAAGGUGUGCGUAUUUCUGGGAAUCUGUAAAUACAGAAGGGAUAGUGUUAUUUUCAACAACAUGCCUUAUUACGUUUUCAUACGAUGCCGAGUAUUCGUGUUUGUUGGGGAAACAAAUGGACGUUGCCGUUUGAACGCCGCGAUGUGGGGUGGCAGGCUGGCUGUGUGACAGCCGUGUCUCGCCUUUAUUGUGACCCAUCAGUUUCCAAGGCCCCAUUGCAUAUUGGCACACAGCAACAACAAAAUGGCGUUCGAUGCUCAAGUUGCACCUCGAGGCCACUCAAAGUCUGAAAGGCUCGCUGCUAGUAGGAGGUCACGGCACAGACCCAAGUGUUACGAGUUGAUUGACAGACGACUGGCACAGUGGUACACGCAUACACCGACUACAGCUGCAAUUUACCCCAUAUUGACAGACGAAUACCCUUUUUUGGAGGCCGGUCCUGUGUACACCUUGUGCCACAUAGGGACAGCUAUCACUGGGGCUCCCCUUGGUUAGACUUCAGGGCAUUGAAACGGUUCAGAUGAGAUGUAACGCAAGGCACUUGAUUUCCCAGGCAAUUCAUUGCCCUAUGAAUCCGAAUCCUUAAGGUGACAUUACCAUGCACUUGUGCCAGACUAGAUGCAGUUGGAGGCCAUGAGAAGUGAUUGAAGGAUUGCCAGCAGGAAGACAUGAUACAGACCCAGAUAUGAACUGGCUCAGGUCACUGGCAGAUGUACCUGCGCUCUCCACUGGACUAACUCACAGUUUUAUCGACCUGCUGCUCUGCUCGUUGUUGUGAGCAUUGUCCCCCUACCUCCUGCUGUAGUCGAGGAAGGUGGCAGCUGCAAACUUCCAUUAACAUUUUGCGCAGCCCCCUCCAUCAAUCCUCAUGUUGACACCACUCGUAAAAGCCAUUGCCACGCACGCACGCACUCACGCACACACAUUUCCCGAAGGAAAACUGGCAUGUUCACGAAGAUGAUGUGUAUUAAAAUAUUUUUUCUCAUUAAAAUACAAAGU